GUCUGCUCUCCCUCUGGCUCCCCGGUCGCGGGGAUGCCUGUGGUUGCUGCCGUUCUGCUGUGUCCGUCCGGUUGUGCUGUGCUUGUGGCGCUGAUUCGGGCUCGGGCCCAGGCUCAGGCUCUCUCCGGUGCUCUGGAUCUGGACAUGGGCAAGUCCCAGGCCAGCUUUUGGCACCGCAGUGUUACCAGGAAAAAGAUUUGGGUGGUGUGGCGCGUGGAUCCAGAAGCACCCAAGAUGCAGGAGCUGCCGCCGCUUUUCGAUUGGGGCUUUCUUUCUGGGCUUACAGGCGUGUACUCGGUCCGCUUGGCCCAGGUAGCGAUACGGCGGCUGAUGCUGAUCCAGGGGCGGCAAAUGGUGCUGGCGGUGCCGCUGCAGAGUACUUCUGCAGGCAUGAGGUACUGCAGUACGUGGCAUCCCGGCGCCAAGGCGGUACCGCUACCUGGCCUCUGCUCCCUGCGCUAA